AUUGUCAAUUUCCGAUAUAAAUUUGACCCACGUUGCAUUAAGUUAGUUGGGAAGUGUGAGAUAUAUGAAUGGACGGCCUGCACUCCCAAGUAGACCCAUUUGGCAAACAAAGAGCAGCUGUAUAGAAAGAGACUUGUUUCUCUAUCCCUCUUCCCUUAUCUAUCUACUUCUUCUUCUUCCUCUUUCAAUCUACCAGAUUCAGAUGGGGAAUUGCCAGGCGGUUGACGCGGCGGCGCUGGUUAUACAGCACCCAAGUGGCCGGAUUGAGAGGCUUUAUUGGCCGGUGAUGGCCAGUGAGGUCAUGAGGACUAAUCCUGGUCACUAUGUUUCUCUUAUAAUUCCCUUGCCUCAAUCUGAGCAAGACAAUCGGGAGGAGCCCAAAACGGUGCGUUUUACCCGUGUCAAGCUUCUCCGCCCCAACGACACUCUUGCUCUCGGCCAUGCCUAUCGCCUUGUCACCACUCAGGAGGUUAUGAAGGUGUUGCGGGCAAAAAGGCAUGCAAAAUCUAAGAAGCCACUGCCGGAAUCGGAAGAGAAGCCGGAGAUGCCAACUGCCGGCGGGGAAGCGGAAGAGACUGAGAAGAACCACCAGGCAGUCAAACAUGAAAGACAUCGAAUCAGAACACCAGCAACUAACGCUACUGUGGGGAGGUCAAAGACUUGGAGACCAUCAUUGCAGAGCAUCUCUGAAGCUGCGAGCUGAUUUUAUGUUUCAAACCCUUUUUAUCAUGACAAGCGACAGUGGUUCAUACGGUAGAAUAGUGGASUUUGAUUUCAGAUGCUUGUGGCAAUGGCAAAAAAACUUCUCAAUUGUGGAAAGGUAGCUUCGCAGAAAGCUUGAAAAUGGGCAUCCAAAUUUCCAAUUCAGUGUAAGACCACAGCCACAGAAUGAUUCAUGUAUUGCAAGAAAUAAGCCAUUUGUAUAGCAACAAAGAUAUCAAUGAAAUUGACAUUGUAUUGGAGUA